UUUUAUUAUUAUUCUUACCUUGAAUGUGUCAUUAAUUAAAGUGCAACUGCUUUUAAUUGGCAGUAUAUAGUAGUAAUUUUUUUAAUAAAAUUUUUAACAAAAAUAAAGCAACCAACGCAGUUAACAAAAAUUUGUUAUAAACAAAUUGCUAACAAUUAAAACAGCAAUGGACUUUACCUCGUUUGCCAAACCCAGCAAGGCUGAUAGUGGUGUCGCCGAUUCUGCAAAAACUCCUGAAGAAUUACACUUUUGGAAACAUGUCGAAUAUAUUGAAAAUCAUGGUAAAGAUCAGGAUGAUUAUGAAUAUUGUAUGACCGAAUUUCUACGCAUGUCUGGCAUCUAUUGGGGUGUCACCGCUUUGGAUAUUAUGAAUCAAUUGGAGCGCCUUGACCGGCCGUCUAUAAUUGAGUUUAUCAAACGUUGCCAGUGUCCGACGACAGGUGGUUUUGCACCAUGUGAAGGUCAUGACCCCCAUAUAUUAUAUACUUUAUCUGCAGUGCAGAUAUUGUGUAUUUACGAUGCCCUACAGGAGAUAGACUGUGAGGCGGUGGUGAAAUAUGUGGUGUCUUUGCAGCAAAUAGAUGGCAGUUUCUUUGGUGAUCGUUGGGGUGAGGUGGAUACACGUUUCUCCUUCUGUGCCGUGGCCAUAUUGACAUUAUUGAAAAAGGAUUUAGCCACCAGCAUUGAUGUGGAAAAGGCCGUACAAUUUGUUAUGUUGUGUUGCAAUCAAACUGAUGGUGGUUUUGGUUCUAAGCCAGGGGCAGAAUCUCAUGCUGGUCUUAUUUAUUGUUGUGUGGGUUUUUUGUCUUUAACCCAACGUUUACAUCUCUUGGAUGUGGAUAAAUUGGGCUGGUGGUUGUGUGAGCGUCAAUUGCCUUCUGGUGGCCUUAAUGGUAGACCUGAAAAACUGCCUGAUGUCUGCUAUUCCUGGUGGGUUUUAGCUUCGCUUACCAUAAUGGGACGUCUACAUUGGAUAAGUGCCGAAAAGUUGAAACAAUUUAUACUCUCCUGUCAAGACAACGAAACUGGUGGUUUUGCUGAUCGUACUGGAAAUUUACCUGAUAUUUUCCAUACUCUAUUUGGCAUAGGAGCGCUUUCUUUAUUGGGCUUUGAUGGCCUCAAACCCAUUAAUCCCACACUCUGUAUGCCUCAAUAUGUUAUGGAUCGCUUGGAUAUUAAGCCUCAAAUAUUAGAAAGACCUUAAAUCCUGCAGCUAGCAGCCACUGGGUGCUGAAGUUGUAAACGCACGAUUUUAUCAUUGAAAAGACGAAAGCUUUAUGUAGGCCAAGAAAGCAUAAAAUAACUCUCUAUCUCUCUAUUAACUUUCUUCCAAACACGUUUUCUCUAACUAAGUGCACCAUCUCUACACUCUACAUAAAUUUCAAAGUCUAC